AUGCUGUAUCCCGUGGUCAGGCGCAGGCUCUUUAGUGUCCUUGCCAACAAUCUGAAGAUGCCCACCUACACCGGCUCCUGCACCUGCCACAAGAUCGAAUACAAUCUCACCCUUAAUUCGCCCGAUGAUGCGCGGACUUCAUUAUGUCAUUGUAAGAACUGCAAGAAAGCAUUCGGCACAAACUACGGUCCAACAGCCAAAGUCCCCAAGGAUGCUCUCCAACUCGCCAAAGGAUCAUGUGAAAGAACAGUUUCGGUAUGUGGUCGUCGGCUCCUUGGACGACCCGGAGGCAUUGUCGCCCAAGGGGGAGUUCUUCUGCCAGACUCGGGUGAGUUGGAUGCCAGAGAUACCUAUGGCAUCAAAUCAGCAUGA